AGUGAUAAGUCAUAUAGAGAGUUCUGAGUUCUAAGCAAGGAAAAGAAAAAGAAUUAAAAGGGGAAAACUUUUUGUAUAUUAUAAUAUUUUGUUUUUCUUUUUGUUUUUGUUUCUGUUAUUGUUUUUGUUAUUGGUUUUUUUUUUUUUUGGUAAAGCUUGCUGAUUCAAAGGGUAAGGCAAAGAAAUCAGGUCGGUUUCACGUGUUGCUGACUGAUCCAUGCCCUGCAACUGCAAAUUUGAUGGUCAGUAACGCCCAUAUCUCUCACUCCCACCGUCUUAUUAUUAUUAUUAUUAUUAUGUACUAUGUAGUCUUUACCUAGCUCUCUACUCUCUGCUGGUUAUCUCCUCUGUAAUCGAGCACAUAGUUGGGAGUUUAAUGUUUGGGGAUUUAAACAUAUGUUCAGUGGUUUCCAUGAUUUCAUGUACACCGAUUGGGUUGAUUGAGAUUGAAAUUGGUAGUGGAGGGAGGAAAAGAGAGGAAUUGGAGAGGGUUGAGGGUUGAGGAUUAAGGGAUGUCAUCAAAAUCGGUUUCGAACAAGACGAAUUGCUCUAGGAGCAGUUCUGCUCUAUCAAAGCAUGGGGCUCGUGUAGUUGCACAGACGCCCAUCGAUGCAAAGCUUCAUGUGGACUUUGAAGAGACCAAACGGUUUUUUGAUUACUCCACUUCAAUUGACUUCAACCUCUCAUCUUCCACUAGUAAUGUCCCCUCCUCCUCUGUGUCAGCUUAUCUCCAAAAGAUGCAAAGAGGAAGCCUCAUUCAACCGUUUGGUUGCAUCAUUGCUGUGGAUGAUGAAAAUUUAUCUGUUCUUGCCUAUAGUGAAAAUGCCCCCGAAAUGUUGGACUUAGCUCCACAUGCUGUUCCAAGCAUUGAGCAGCAAGAAGCUCUCACUUUUGGAACAGAUGUUCGAACACUCUUUCGCUCCUCAGGUGCCACUGCUUUGCAGAAAGCAGCCAAUUUUGGUGAAGUAAAUCUUCUUAAUCCCAUAUUGGUUCAUUGUAAAACCUCAGGUAAGCCGUUUUAUGCAAUUCUGCACCGAAUUGAUGUUGGGUUAGUUAUAGAUUUGGAACCAGUGAAUCCAGCUGAUGUGCCUGUGACUGCUGCUGGGGCAUUGAAAUCUUAUAAGCUAGCAGCCAAAGCCAUCUCAAAAUUGCAGUCCUUGCCAAGUGGGAAUAUAUCAUUGUUAUGCGAUGUUUUAGUUAAGGAAGUUAGUGAUUUGACAGGUUAUGAUCGUGUAAUGGUGUAUAAAUUUCAUGAAGAUGAGCAUGGGGAAGUUGUAGCUGAGAGCCGUAGACCUGACUUGGAACCUUAUCUUGGUUUGCAUUACCCGGCUACUGACAUACCACAAGCUUCAAGAUUUCUAUUCAUGAGAAACAAAGUUAGGAUGAUAUGUGAUUGUUUGGCACCUCCAGUGAAGGUAAUUCAAGACAAGAGAUUGUCUCAGCCAUUGAGCCUUUGUGGAUCUACGUUGAGAUCUCCUCAUGGUUGUCAUGCACAGUAUAUGGCAAAUAUGGGUUCCAUUGCAUCUUUUGUGAUGUCUGUGACUAUCAAUGAAGAUGACAAUGAGGUGGAGAGUGAUCAGCAGAAGGGAAGAAAAUUGUGGGGCUUGGUUGUUUGUCAUCACACAAGUCCUAGGUUUAUUCCAUUUCCUUUGAGGUAUGCCUGUGAGUUCUUGAUUCAAGUUUUUGGUGUACAGAUCAACAAAGAAGUGGAGUUGGCUGCUCAACUGAGGGAGAAGCAUAUUUUGCGAACUCAAACUGUGCUUUGUGACAUGCUCCUUAGAGAUGCUCCUGUAGGUAUUGUCACUCAAUCACCUAAUGUAAUGGAUCUUGUUAAGUGUGAUGGAGCUGCACUAUACUACAGGAAAAAAAUUUGGUUGCUUGGGGUCACCCCAACAGAGGCACAAAUUAGAGAUAUAGCUGAAUGGCUUCUUGAGUACCAUAAUGGGAGCACAGGUUUAAGUACUGAUAGCCUUAUGGAAGCUGGCUACCCAGCUGCUUCAGUUCUUGGAGAUGAAGUUUGUGGGAUGGCGGCUGUUAGGAUUACUUCAAAGGAUUUCCUGUUCUGGUUCCGGUCCCACACUGCAAAGGAAAUCAAGUGGGGUGGUGCAAAACAUGACCCUGGUGACAAGGAUGAUGGAAGAAAGAUGCACCCCAGGUCGUCAUUCAAGGCUUUUCUGGAGGUAGUUAAGCGGCAUAGUCGGCCUUGGGAAGAUGUGGAAAUGGAUGCCAUCCAUUCAUUGCAGCUGAUAUUGAGAGGAUCUUUGCAAGAUGAGAUUAUGGAUGAGUCCAAGAUGAUUGUGAAUGUUCCAUCGGUUGAUGACAGGAUUCAGAGAGUGGAUGAAUUGCGAGUGGUCACAAGUGAAAUGGUUCGCCUUAUUGAAACAGCUGCAGUCCCCAUAUUGGCUGUUGAUGGCUCUGGUAGUGUAAAUGGGUGGAAUACCAAAUCAGCUGAACUAACAGGACUGUCUGUCGAGCAAGCCAUUGGUAUGUCCUUAAUUGAUCUUGUCUCCGAUGAUUCGGUUGAAGUGCUGAAGAAUCUGCUCAACUCAGCUUCACAAGGAAUAGAAGAGCAAAAUAUUGAAAUCAAACUUAAAACAUUCGGUCCUCAAGAAAACAACGGUCCUGUAAUAUUGGUAGUUAAUGCAUGUUGCAGCCGGGACACAAAAGAAAAUGUUGUAGGGGUUUGCUUUAUCGGCCAAGAUGUCACAGGACAAAAGGUGAUUUGGGACAAAUAUACUCGUAUCCAAGGUGAUUAUGUUGGAAUCAUGCGGAGCCCUUCUGCACUUAUUCCUCCAAUUUUCAUGACUGAUGAGCAUGGCCGAUGCUUGGAAUGGAAUGAUGCAAUGCAGAAAUUGUCUGGUUUGAGGAGGGAAGAGGCAACUGAGCGGAUGCUUCUUGGGGAAGUUUUCACAGUAAAAAAUUUUGGUUGUCGGGUUAAAGAUCAUGACACAUUGACCAAGCUUAGGAUACUACUUAAUGGGGUAAUUGCUGGCCAUGAUGCUGAUAAGUUGUUAUUUGGAUUCUAUGAUCGAUUGGGUAAUUAUGUUGAAGCAUUACUUUCUGCAAACAAAAGGACUGAUGCAGAGGGAAGGAUUACUGGGGCUUUGUUCUUUUUGCAUGUGGCUAGUCCAGAACUUCAGUAUGCUAUGCAGGUGCAGAGAAUAUCAGAAAAGGCUGAAGCUGAUAGUAUCAAGAAAUUGUCAUAUUUUCGUCAGGAAAUCAGCAAGCCUUUGAAUGGGAUUAUGUUUAUGCAGAAUCUAAUGGGAUCCUCUAAUUUAAGUAAAGAGCAGAAGGAACUAAUAAAGAUAAGCUCAUUGUGUCAGGAACAAUUAGCCAAGGUUGUUGAUGAUACUGAUAUUGAAAGAAUUGAGGAAUGCUACAUGGAAAUGAGCUCUGGUGAAUUCAACCUUGGGGAAGUUCUUGAAGUUGUCAUAAAUCAAGUUAUGAUUUUGAGCCAGGAGUGCCAGGUGCAGGUCAUCCGUGAUUCACCUGCUGAAGUUUCAUCAAUGAACUUAUAUGGAGACAACUUGAGGCUUCAGCAAGUUCUUUCAGAUUUUUUGACUAAUGCACUCCACUUCACCCCUGCAUUCGAAGGAUCAUCUGUUGCAUUCAGAGUGAUUCCAAGGAAGGAGCGUAUAGGGAUGAAAAUGCACAUUGUCCAUCUUGAAUUUAGGAUCACCCAUCCGGCACCUGGGAUUCCAGAAGAUCUAAUUCAGGAGAUGUUUCACCACAACCAUGGUGUCUCAAGGGAAGGGCUUGGCCUAUACAUUUGCCAGAAGCUUGUGAAGAUCAUGAAUGGCACUGUACAAUAUCUAAGAGAGGCAGAGAGAUCAUCCUUUAUAAUUCUUAUAGAAUUCCCAUUGGUUUGUCCCAUUGACCAAUGAAUCCGAUGGUCUAUUGAGGUUUCUAACACAACCAACAUCUGCUGGCCAACUAAUCCAGUUAUUGGUGUACGCACAAAAGAAGUGUCUAAAUAGCUUAUAGUUGACCCAGGGAUUGUUCAUAGGUUGGAUGAUGCUUGAAUUAGUGCUGCCUGCUCAACUUGGGAAACUGGAUGAUUGUUGUUCAGAGAAUGCAAAACAGGUGAAAGUUGAAUAGCCGGGUCCAUUUUGAUGUUUCUGAGACUGAAUAAUUAAUUAUAAAGUUCAGUGGAACCCUUCUCACAACCUCAAGCCAGACAUACUCUUUCUGACGUUCUUUAAUAUCUUUUUUGUAACAUCAUUCCUCAAUCAGGUUCUCUUAGUUUAAUGGAAAAGCUCAAUGGCUAAAGCCUUGUAAAUUAA